AUGCAAACACUGAGUGUCUUCAAACCAUCAUGUCCUUCAUUCUACAAGGUCUACUUCGACCUUACUGUUAUGGGAUCUGCUGAAAUAUCGGAAAGUAAAGAGAGUAAAAUCACUCGAGAGUGGACCGAUUUAAGUACUAUGUAUGUCAUGCUUAAAUAUAGAAAAUGGCAAAUCAAGGAGAGAAAAUCCACUUCAUUGCAUGUAUUCCAUCAGAAAUGCACAGAAGAUAUGAACAAUGAAUUGGGCAUCAACAAAACUCCAACACAAAUCAGAGACAAAGUCAAUAAUACACGUUCGUCUUUCCACACCAUCUUGAAACAAGUCAAGGCCGGCAAUUUUAAGUGGACACAGGACAAACAUGCUAGUCUUACUAAAACAGUUUACGAAUUCAUGUUAACUCACUUUGAUCCAAGUAAAGAAGUUCCCCUUGAAUUCGUCGAACAAAAGCUGUUUUCUGUGACUAAGGCGAUUAAAAAGCAGCUGUGA